AUGGCCCCCUUCUUCACCAAUGGCACCUGCGACCCCUACCACCCCAUUGCCAAGCCCUGCACGCUGGGCAACUACAUUGUCUACGCGGUCAACGUGAGCAAGCCCGAGCACAUCUCCAGGGCGCUCCGGUUUGCCACCAAAUACAACAUCCGCGUGGUCGUCCGCAACACCGGCCACGACUACAACGGCAAGUCCACCGGGGCGGGCGCCCUGGGGAUCUGGACGCACCACCUCAAGGCCAUUGAGAUCAAGGACUGGUCCGACAAGCACUACAAGGGCAAGGCAAUCAAGGUGGGCGCCGGCGUGCAAGGGAUCGAGGCGUACCGGGCCGCGCACGAGCAGGGGCUCGAGGUGGUCGGCGGCGAGUGUCCGACCGUCGGACUCGCCGGGGGCUACAGCCAAGGCGGAGGCCACUCGGCGCUGGCCUCGCGCCACGGACUGGCGGCCGAUCAGGUGCUCGAGUGGGAGGUGAUUGACGGGCAGGGCAACUUCCUCGUGGCCAACCGCGACAACCGGUACGCGGACCUGUACUGGGCGCUGUGCGGCGGCGGCGGCGGCACCUACGGCGUGGUCUGGUCGAUGACGUCCAAGGCGCACCCGGGGACGCCGGCCUCGGGCCUGAACCUGACCUUCACCAACGCCGGCAUCUCGCAGGAUACCUUCUACGAGGCCGUGGCGCUGUACCACUCGACGCUGCCGGCGAUCGUCGACGCCGGCGCCAUGAGCGUCUGGUACUUCACCAACACCAGCUUCUCCAUCUCGCCGCUGACGGGGCCCAACAUCCCCGUGGCCCGGCUGGCGGCGCUGGUCAAGCCGUUCACGGACGGGCUGAGCCGGCUGGGCAUCCAGUACACCGUCUACUCGGCGCAGUUCGACAGCUACCUGGCGGAAUUCGAGGCGAUGCAGGGCGCCAUCGAGGUCGGCAUCGCGCAGUACGGCGGCUGGCUGAUCCCGCGCGCGGUCGUGCAGACCAACAACGCCAACCUGACGGCCGCGUACCGGGCCAUCACCGCGGACGGCGCCACCUUCAUCGGCGUGGGGCUGAACGUCUCCACGGCGCUGGUCGGCGACGUCGACAACGCGGUCCUGCCCGCCUGGCGCGACACCCUGAUCGACACCGUCAUCACGACCCCGUGGAACUGGACCGCGCCCACGGCCGCCAUGGUCGCGCUGCAGCACAAGAUGACCCACGAGUACAUUCCCCGGCUGGAGGCCCUGGCGCAGAGCUCGGGGGCGUAUCUGAACGAGGCCGAUUUCCGGCAACGGGACUUUCAGACGGCGUUCUAUGGUCGCAAUUACCGGACGCUGCGGGCCAUCAAGGCCAAGUACGACCCCAACAGCAUGUUCUAUGGCAUCACGGCUGUUGGGUCGGACGAGUGGACCGUUACUUUGGAUGGGCACUUGUGCAGGCUAGCUAGGUAA